AUGGCAAACGUCUCUACACUACGACCGCUGCUCAUCGAGGCUCUGCAGGACCCCGUCAAGUUGCGGGCGUUCAUCUCCACGUACCUGGCGAGUCUGCGGCAAAUGUCUCCCCGACGUCUGAGGGUGAUUGCUGUCGUGGCGUUCCUGCUGGUUGGCUCAUGCACGGGCAUUGCGGGCCAGGCGCUGCUGGACAAUCUCAACACAAAAAAGAGCAAGAAGAAGGUGCCGUUACACCGAAUGGACAGCGCGGUGAAACUGUCGGAUGGGUCCAAGCAGAUUGUGGUGCCAUACAAGGAGGGACAAACGACCGUGACCAUCAAGCCUACCAAGCAGGUCACGUUCGAGGCACAUCGACGACUGUUUCUGCGACCGGACGACUCGGAGGGAGGAGAAGCCAAAUCUGGCAUCAACGGCAGGUUCCUGCGACAGUUUUCCGCGCUGUGGGUCAUCAUGGUCCCCCGAUUGCAGUCCCGAGAAUCCCUCAUUCUGCUGGUGCACGCCUUGUUCUUGUUUCUGCGAACAUGGAUCUCGCUUCUCGUGGCCAAGCUCGACGGCCAAAUUGUGCGAGACAUGAUUGCCGGAGACGGCCGCAAGUUCCUCAGAGGACUGGGCUACUGGUUCGCCAUCGCCGUCCCUGCAUCCUACACAAACGCAGUCAUCAAGUACCUGCAGGCCAAGCUCUCGCUGGCAUUCCGAACGCGUCUUACCCGAUACGUACAUGAUCUGUAUUUGGAUGCCGAUCUCGCAUACUACAAGAUUGCGGACAUUGAUGGAGGCAACGUCGGUACUUCUGCCGACCAGUUCAUCACCACAGAUCUGGCCCGGUUCUGUGACAAGGCUGCAGCACUGUACUCAAACCUGGGUAAGCCUUUUGUGGACUUCCUCAUCUUUACCUUCCAGCUGAGUAAGAACCUGGGACCCAUGGCCCUCAUUGGUAUUUUCGCCAACUACGGUCUUACUGCAUACCUGCUGCGACGUCUGGCCCCUUCCUUCGGUAAGCUUGCCGCCAUUCAGGCCAAGCUGGAGGGUGAGUACCGAGCAGCGCAUUCCAAGCUCAUCACCAACGCAGAGGAAAUUGCUUUCUACGAUGGUACUUCCCUGGAGCGAACUAUUCUCGAAAAGGCAUACAUUCGACUGGCUCGACACAUUCGAGGAAUCUACCGAAUCAAAAUCUUCUACAACAUGUUUGAGGAUAUCAUUCUGAAGUACACCUGGUCUGCCAUUGGAUACAUGUUUGCCUCUUUGCCAGUUUUCCUUCCCGCAUGGACCUCCAUCAAGGAGAAGACCAAGGAGACGACUGCAUCUGCUGUUACCGCUUCCAUGGAUUUCUCUGAGCAGGACCACAUGCGAGAUUUCAUCACCAACAAGCGACUCAUGUUGUCCCUUGCCGAUGCCGGUGGACGAAUGAUGUAUUCCAUCAAGGAUCUUGCCGAGCUGUCCGGUUACACCUCUCGAGUCUACAUGCUGCUUUCGGUGCUGCAUCGAGUCCAUGCUCGAGCUUACACCUCGCGAAUACUCAAGACUCCCAUCAAGGAGGCUGCUUCAAAGGAGGCCAAGGAGGAGGGCAUUGUUAUCGGCGAGAAGCCCGAUCCCGACAGCAGCAGUGAGCUCUCCGAGGAAGAGCAGUUCACUCUGAACUCCAUUUCAGGUACCAUUCAGCCCCGAUACCCUGGUGUGCGAUUCGAGGGUGUUCCGAUUGUUGCACCCUCUGCUGUCGGCUCUGGUGAGUUGCUUGUUCGAGAUCUUAACGUUCUCAUCAAGCCCGGAGAACACAUCCUUAUUUCCGGACCCAACGGCUGCGGUAAGUCUGCAGUUGCUCGAGUCAUUGGCGGUUUGUGGCCUGUUUACCGUGGUCUGCUCUCUCGUCCCGACAUUUCCGAGAUUGGUUUCCUGCCCCAGCGAGCCUACCUCUCCAUUGGAUCUCUGCGGGAUCAGAUUAUCUACCCCGAUUCGCAUGCCGACAUGAUCAGCAAGAACGUCACUGAUGCUGAUCUGCAGACUAUUCUGGACCGAGUCCAUUUGGGCUACCUGCCCUCGCGUGAGGGUGGCUGGAACACUCGAAAGGAGUGGAAGGAUGUCUUUUCUGGAGGAGAGAAGCAGCGAGUCAUGUUUGCCCGAAUCCUAUACCAUCGCCCCAAGUUUGCUGUUAUUGAUGAGGGUACUGCUGCUGUUUCUUCUGAUGUGGAAGGCUCCCUUUACGAGAACUGCAAGAAGGACGGUAUUACUCUGAUCACCAUAUCUCAUCGACCUUCUCUGAUGAAGUACCACAAGGCCCAGCUCAAGCUGGGUCUCGGCAACGACGGCAAGGACUGGGAUCUUGAGAUUGUGGGAUCCAAGGAGGCUCGUCUGAGUGUGGAGAAGGAGAUCCAAUCGCUUGAGGAGAAGCUGUCCAAGGUGGACGAGUGGAAGAAGCGAAAGACCGAGGUGGAGGCCAUUCUGCGAGGCGAGGUCAAGCAUGAGCAGAAACCCGGCUUCCAGGAGAUUGUCACUGAGAAUGUCCAGAAUACUGGUGAUGAUACGGGCGUUCUGCUGAAAACCGACACUAUUGUGGGUGUUGGCAAGGAGAGCGAGGAGGAGGACGUCAAGGAGAUGAAGCAGCAGCUGGGCUCAGUUGUCAAGGCUGAGGGUGAUGCUGCCGUCAAGGAGCAGGCCGCCAAAGAGCUGAACGAGGCUACUGAAAAGCUGGAGGCUGCCAAGGAGAAGACCGAUAAGGGAGAUGUGAAGGUUGAGGGUGGUGCCGACAAGCCUGCCGCCGCCAAGACUAGCAAUCCCAAGAAGUCCGAGAAGAAAUAA